AUGGAGAUCCCAUCUCUACUUUCGCCCACCUCGUCUGGAUCGCACCUUUAUCGAUCGCAUUCGCGCAGCGCCUCGCGAUCACCCACCAGAGAGCGCAUUACCGACGACAUUCUUGCCGACCUCUCUCCCUCCUCAACCCAUGCAGCCUUUGCGAACCCAUCCGGCAAAUUGAAGGCAAGCAUCGAAGCCGCGACAACCUCCGAACGUCAAUUUGGAAUUCGGGCGACCUUGGCAUCAAAAAAGAUACAGGAAUGGGUCGAAGAGCUGUCUAGCUGGCCGUGGCCCAAGGCUGGCGGUUCCGUGGGCUUCCAGAUGCCAGCCGCCAAAAGGAGGAAGACGCUGGACAAUUACAGUGAAAGAAGAGAAUCUACAAUCAUUUUGGACAGACAUGGUACGAGAGAUGUUGAGGACCCGGAAUAUAUGGGCAGUCUACUAGCCGACGACGUUGAUCGAUACGAGGUUCGAGUGGAGGAAAUCAUUGAAGACAUGGAAGCCCUGGAUGUGGAAUCAAUCAAGAGGCGCAUUUUGGACACACACUUUUCCGCAUGGUCUCGUCCGUCGUCUUCUGCUUCCAAUGCGCCUAUGCCAUCCCAAUUUUCUUCAUACACCAUGAUGGACGAUUUUACCGCCAUCGUAACAGCUACAGUUCUGCAGGCACUACCAAACCUGUCAAAAUUGAUGCGACUUCUGAGCAUCUGGAGUAUUAGGCUCGCUGUGCUGACAAAAGUCCCACCUUUGUUGUGGUCUCUGGAUAUUACCGAACAAGCACUCAAUUCAGCCUGGGCGGUUCUGGAAGCGGCGUACCGAGGAGGCCCUGACCAGGUGUUAACGCGAGAAAUUUUUGAAAUAAUGAAAAACUCAUUGCGGGAUAGAGUUACAGAAUUAGGCCGGAAUUUGGAUUAUAUGCUGGAUACCCUGGAAGGUCGAGAAGACACCCUGCCGGAUGCUUGGUUAGACCGCAUGGAGGUAAUCGAAGAUGAUUAUGGAAAGUGGGUUGUGUCUGUGGACCGCCAUAUCAGACAGGUUGAGUGGGAAAAGAUGGCCAGGGAAAUCAAAGCAGUUGGAGAAGCUAGAAGGGCAGCAGAGAUGCAAGCUGCGGAAGAGGCAAGAAAGCAGGCUGAAAUUGCGGCGGAAGAGGCUGCCAAGGUUCAAGAGGAAAAAGAUAGCCAGGACGCGUUGGAGGCGCAAAGGCAACAGGAGCUGGACCAGGAGGUAUCUCGUGCAGCGGAUGAGCAACGGGAAAACUCCAAACCUGAGGAUGUACAGAAAGUCGGGAGCCAGAUGUUUUCUGAGAGCAUCCAAAAUGUCAAUGUCGAAAAGGUGCUCGAUGUGGCCGGAGACGUGCCUCUGGCCACUGAUGAAAUGGUGGCGGCGGGCGUUCAACAUCGAAAAACAUCCCAAGAUAUACAUGAUAUGGAUUCAUUCAUCGAAAAUGAUUCUGAAUUACGUGGUUCCCCAUCGAGGGAGACACCCAAGAAGAAUUCGACUGAAAACUCUUUCGAAGAUAUACCCCAACCACUGAUCGAUCACCCGGCGGUUUCCAGAGAGAUUGACUUCGAAUUGGCUGUCCGGCCAUCUACUGCUAUCACACACCUAACAGGAUCGGAUUCCCUUCCAUCAUUCGAAUCACCAGCUCGUCACGUUCCCUCAAGCCCACGGACAAUGGGUCUUCAAGCCCCAGACAGUACAGACCUAAAUGAAGUCUGGUCUCUGGUGGAUACUUAUAAGGAACGCCAUCAACUAGACCGCUCGAAAUCAUCAAGCUCAGCGAGUAGCCGUGCCUCAGCUAAGGCUGCCCGGGCUUCCAAAAGGCACAGUAGAAACGUUUCUUCUUUUGCCCCAAGUGUUUCGCCUUCUGCAAUUGAACAAUCGGGAGGCAAAAGUCCUAGAAUGGAGCCAACAUCAACGCUUGCAGACAAUGGUGGUCUACAAGUCGUUGGGCUCGAUAAGGCUUUUAAAUUCCCGCCCUCUAGAGCCGAGGAGGAAUCUUUUGAUUCCUCACAACUCUCUUCUGAAUCAUUUACCCCGGAUGAUUUCGAUACCUCAGGGGAUCAAAUCAAGUCGAGCCUGAUGGAACUAUCGAUUCCUAGAAUCAGCAACACAGCGCCGACACCGCGGCGACCAUCAGCUAUUCGACCGAAUACUAUGAGACAUGCUAGUAAUGUAUCUGAUACGGAAACUAUCAUAGCAGAAUGGGGUGAUGGCCCAAGCUCACCAACCAAUAUGUCUACCCCAGUCGUAGACGAAGUUGAUCGUUUUUCAGGGGGCGGCGAGCAAUCCCCUACCGCAGGUCGACUGCGAUUGCGACCCUUGGACAUGUACGAUAAUAGUCCCCCAGAUUCACCACAGUCAGUAAUUGCAUCACCAAAACGACGAUCCAUACCUUCACCAACCAGCUCCACGUACUCUGUUUCUGAUAUCUCGGACACAUCGAGUAUAUCUUUCGACGCACCAAUAUUUGAAGAGGUUGAAGUUUCUGAAGCCCUACCGUUUUCCAAGCCGAGAAACCGCUCGGAUGACAAGCUACAGCGACAAAUAUCUUCUUUACUCGAAAAGCUGCCAGCCAAGAUUUGUCUUACAUCAGAGCCUGAUGCCCAUACUACAAAUACUUUGAGGAUGAAAAAGACUCGUCGUUCCGUGACUCCGUCAAUUCGACCUAGUUCAAGUAUGAGUAGUCGUGCUCCAACACCGUCAUUCCUAUUAUCUCCGGCUUAUAGUAAAACACCUGCUCGGACUAGGCCGCAAAGUCCUAAUCCAGAGAUCAAAAUGUACCACCUUUCGCGAUCUACUGGAGAGGCGCCGAUCAAACUUUUCGUUCGUCUGGUUGGAGAGAAUGGUGAGCGUGUAAUGGUCCGAGUGGGUGGUGGAUGGGCAGAUUUAGGCGAGUAUCUCAAGGAGUACGCUAGUCACCAUGGUCGACGCACAACAGUAGACAGCGACAAAAUCGAAGUGCAGGAUCUCACCCCUCGAGUCGUCUCUGCCUCGUCUACUACAUCAACAGCAACAAUUCGAGGUGCUGAUGGCGGAAGGUCAAGCCCUGCACCUCAAGAUUUCCCUCGCUCCGUCUCCAGCUUGGGUGUCAGGAAAGCGAGGAGAUCUCUGGGCGAAAGUAGUCUUCACGCCCGUCGCGAUUUCCGAAGUCCAAGUACACCUCUCCCCAUGCCUCCUCGACUUGCACAGGGCGAUACGCCCCCAUCAACUACCAUCAAUGCUAGGAGUAGUUCUCGUGUCGGUUGGACGAACGAUGAUAGCUCUUUGGGACUUGCAGGACCGGUGGGCAAGAAAGUUGUGAUUAGUGAAAAGGACCAGGAGUGGGUAGAUAGCAUGACAGAGAAGGUUAAACAGGCGAGUGCGGAGAAGGACCGGGAGAAGGAAAGGGAGAGGCGCAUCAAGGCUCGCGAGAGGGGGGCGAGUUUUGGCGAGAUGGGCAAAAUCGGGGGCACGAAGAGGUUGUUUCGUAAGGCUUGA